AUGCAGGAACUCAACCAGUCCGCUGUGUCAGAAUUCAUUCUCUUGGGCUUCGUCCUCAACCCCAGGACCAAUCCUCUGCUCUUCACCUUCUUUCUAGUCUUUUACCUGCUGAUCCUUGUGAGCAACAGCCUCCUCAUCACCCUCAUCUAUCAGGACUCGCGCCUGCACACGCCCAUGUACUUUUUCAUCAGUGUCCUCUCCCUGCUGGACGUGUGCUACACCACCACGACCGUGCCCCAGAUGCUCGUGCACAUCCUCAGCGAGAAGAGGGCCAUUUCCUUCGGGAGGUGCGUGGCUCAGAUGUACAUCUUCCUCCUCUUCGGAGUCACCGAGUCCUGGCUCUUCUCCAUCAUGUCUGUGGACAGGUACAUGGCCAUCUGCCACCCCCUCAGGUACAAAGUCAUCAUGAGCCGCUGGGUGUGCCUCCUCAUGGUGGGUGUCUGUGCCGCCUACGGUGUGUUUGGCGGGCUCAGCUACACCUUCUUUGCCAUGCGCCUGCCCUAUUGUGGUCCGAAUGAAAUCGACCACUAUUUCUGCGAGGUCCCUGCUGUCCUGAAGUUGGCCUGUGCAGACACGUCCCUCAAUGACUUGGUGGACUUCAUCACAGGCUUCAACGUGAUCGUGGUCCCGCUCUCCCUGGUUGCCAUUGUCUACGCCAACAUCUUUGCCACCAUCCUGAAGAUUCGCUCCACACAGGGGCGGAUCAAGGCUUUCUCCACCUGUGCCUCCCACAUCACCGUGGUCACCAUGUUUGCCAUUCCGUGCAUCAUCAUGUACAUGGGCCCGGGCUCUGGAUCCUUGUCAAACAGUGGGAAGAAAAUGGCCCUUUUCUAUAACGUUGCCACAGCCUUCCUCAAUCCUGUCAUCUACAGUUUGAGGAACAAGGAUGUGAAAAGGGCUUUCUUCAAAUUCAUAGGACGGGGUGGGGGCCCAGAGUGA